AACCUCUGGCUCUUCCCUUUUUAGGUGGCCCUGGGGUCCAGCUCUGCCUCACUGAUGUAUUGCCUAUCCUGGCAAAGAUGCUUCAUGGCCACAAGGCAGAGCCCUUGCAUCUGUGCCACCGGCUGGACAAGGAAACUACAGGGGUAAUGGUGUUGGCCUGGGAGAGGGAAGUGGCACGUCAAGUCCAAGAGCUGUUUAGAACCCGUCAAGUGGCAAAGAAGUACUGGGCCAUCACUGUGCGCGUCCCGGUGCCCCCAGCAGGAGUCGUGGAUAUCCCUAUCAUCGAGAAGGAGGUGCAGGGUCAGCAGCAGCACUACAAGAUGGCGCUGUCCCCAGGCUACCGCAUGGAGGAUGGGAAGAUAGUGAGAGCACGGAGCAACCGGAACGCACAUAUGGCUGUGACUCAGUACCGGGUGCUCAGCAGCACUCUGUCCUCCGCCCUUGUGGAGCUCCAGCCAAUUACCGGAAUAAAACAUCAGCUUCGAGUUCAUCUGUCUUUUGGACUGGAUUGCCCAAUCCUUGGUGAUCACAAGUACUCAAACUGGACUCAGCUGGCCCCCCAGAAGCUGUCUCUUGGUACCCUGAAGAAGCUGGGGCUGCACCAGGCGAAGGCCCGCCACAUCCCCCUUCACCUGCACGCCCACCAGCUGAUCCUGCCGGCCCUGGGGUCCAGGAAGGAGGAACUCGACUUGGUCUGCAAGCCUCCUCGCUACUUCGUAUGCUCCCUGAGACGCCUGGACUUAGAGAUGCCAAGUCAGGAUCAAAAUGGGGACGACAAAGCCGGACCUGUGAGAGCACAGUGAAGACCGCUGGGCUGAUUGGCCCCUGAAUCCUUCACUUUGUUUAAUGGACUCUGCUAACUUCUCAGACAGACUCCAGAAGAGCCGGUGUGAGAAGUGGAAGAAACCCAGCUGCUUCCGGGCUUUUACUGGACACUAAAUUCUAUUUACUGAGACUUUGGCCACAUUCUGGGAAAGCCUGUGGGACGUCUCCCUGCUUCCGAGUCUCCUUGCCCGGGGGGAAGAGAGCCCAGGGCCAGGCAGACUGGGUCCAUAUUUGGAAAGGGAGAAACUCCAGCACAGAAUCUGUGCUCAGAAACUGUUUACAUCCAACAAUAAAGCCCUCGAUCUAUCAGGAAGGUUCCUGUGGUUGGAAAGAGCACAUGAUGGUGAUCUGACUGCUAGAGAAAUUCAGAAGCAGUUAGCCACUGUCCUCAUGGAUGUUCAGAAUCUAUUAGCAGAACCUCUCUGCUCCACUUGUUUUGUCUGGGGUUUUAUAGACCCCAGCCCGAGAAUGCAGGAUUCUCUCCAGCUGCAGCAGUUACUGGAGCCUGCAAAGGGGUGUUGGAUAAGCAAGAAAAGCAGAUGUAAUGGCAGGCUGGCUGUGAGGCCCUGGUGGGGAGCACACACACUGUCCAGAGAGGGCAGUUGUUAGCUGCAGCUGGGUAUUGCUCUGUGGGAACAGGGUUUCUCAUUUUUUUUUCAGAGAAUCAAGAAACCCAGAUACAGUUGAUCCUUGAACAGCUUGAGGGGAUCAGGGACACUGACCCCCAUGCACAGUCAAAAAUCCACAUAUAAGUUUUGACUCUCCCAAAAUUACCUACUAAUAGCCUCCUGUCCUGACCGGAAGCAUUACCAAUGACAUGAACAGUUGAUUAACAUGUAUUUUGUAUGUUCUGUGUA